CCUGAGCUGGUUAGAAUUCAAGAGUUGAGAAAGCAUAUUCCUUUAUUUCAGGUGACGUGGGUUGAGAAAAGUUUGGAUUUUUUUAAGUGAGGUAGUGAAAUCAGGAUAAGCUGGGGUCGGGCGGGGGGCUCUGACACCAAACUUGGAUUGAUAUCGAUAGUAACGGAGUUUCUAGUGAUCUCAUCUUUCUCCAGGAGAUUGUUGUCUUUAACUGUACAACAUCCGUCCGUUAGUGACCCUCCCUCUCUCCCUCCCUCCCUCUCAGCCUGGCACAUUGAUUGAACUGAACUUUCUAAUCCACAAGCGCUCCCUCCACUGAAAGCACCUUCCAGCCCAGCACUGAAAACUGUUCACGUUGUAUUUAUCUCCCCAUUUUCGUUAUGCUGCCGGACCAGCCUCGCUGACUGCUCUGUGUAUCAACAACAAAGAGUUUUUUUUGUUCGUUAUUUCAUCCCCGUUGUCCUAUUAUUUGAGGAUGAGCUGUUGUACGGGGCGGUGUACCCUCAUCUUCCUAUGUGUCCUUCAGCUGAACUUUCAGACAAUCGAUUGUCGGGUCAAUGUACUUAAUGCAGUUUCUUUCAACAUCGCGAUGAAAUUGCAGUAACUCAUGCUUGCUGCUUUGGAGAGACAGAUCUUUGAUUUCCUGGGCUAUCAGUGGGCUCCCAUUCUCGCAAACUUCUUGCACAUCAUUGUUGUCAUACUUGGCCUUUUUGGUACAAUUCAGUACAGACCUCGGUAUAUUAUGGUGUAUGCAGUCUGGACAGCACUGUGGGUCACCUGGAAUGUAUUCCUCAUCUGUUUUUAUUUGGAAGUAGGAGGUCUUUCAAAGGAGAGUGACCUACUGACAUUCAAUAUUUCUGUGCACCAUUCCUGGUGGAGUGAACAUGGUCCCGGCUGUGUUAGAAGAGAGAUGCCAACUGCCUAUGUGAAAAGUUUGGAUGGCCAUUCCUAUAUCUCUGUGAUGGGUUGCAUUAUUGAUUAUCAAUAUAUCGAGGUUAUUCACAGCUCCUCUCAAAUAUUGUUGGCACUCAUUGGAUUUGUCUAUGGAUGUUAUGUUAUCAGCGUCUUUACAGAGGAAGAAGACAGCUUUGAUUUUAUAGGUGGAUUUGAUUCAUUCUCCGUCUACCAUGUGCCUCAGAAACCCUCUCAUGUACUAUUAAAGCCAGUUUAUCUGUCUACGUAAAUGAACAGACUUCACUACAGUACCUCUUUAUUGGAAGAAACCAUUGCAACAAGACAACAUUUCUUUUUUCAAAAAGCAGCUCACAUGGUUCCAAGUUUAUCCUUUGUGAAAGAAUUAAUGUUUUGCGUACUGUAACAAUUUAUAGUCAUUUAUGACAUAACUAUUUUCUUUGGAUUGCCAUAAUUCACUGUAUUUGCAUGCAGGUACAAAGAAGAGUUGCUCAUUUGAGAUCAAAGAUAUGAGCAUUAUACCAGUGACAAUGUUGGAGCAAAACCUACAAUUGGUUUGCAUGGUCUUAGAUGCGUAGAACAAAAGAUGCCCACUUUAAUAAUGUCAUUCCAUAAUUUUAAAAUACGGAAAAUAGAUUUUGGGUUUUGAAGCAUGAUGCUGUGACUUUGUAUCUGUUAAGUGGUUUUUUGCAGAGGAGCAGUUAGCUUUCUGGAGCAGGGAAGCAGCAUAGCCUUCAACUCGAUUAAUGUGCCAUGCUGCCAUACAAAAUAAGAUAUCUUUUUUGACAGAAAAUUUGUUUUCCAGUUAUCAAUGUACAUUAUCAUUUGUAUGAUAAUCAGCCCAUUAUUGACUGUUUUUUAUAGUGAAAUGUUUUGAUCUUCGAUAUUACAAAUUCCUCAUUUUCUGUCAGGCUUGCAAGUAUUGUUUCAUAAACAGGAAACGCUCCCACAUUACAUUAACAUUUCAUUCAGACCUUUGCUCAUAUUCUUUUAAAGGGUCUUUUGACCCAUCAUUGAGUAUGAUUAAUUCAGUUGCACUUACUGUACCUUUAGUUUACACUGCUUGUUAUGAAAUGUAGAACCUGUACCAAACAAAUGUUCAUAUCAUUACAAACAUCAGAUGAAGUCUAUAUCUUAAAGAUAGUUCAGGAUCUAAUGGCAAGGAGGUGUGCAUAUAUGUAAGAAGAAUUUUCACCAGCGCAGAAAGAUUAGGGCAGCAACUAAUUAUUUUUAAACCUACUGGAUAUUAGCAAUUUUUCCACUCUAUAGUAAAUGGAUAAUUGUGUAAAGUUGCUUUUUAAAAGAAUUCAUACAUUUAAUUCAUAAUCCUGAUUUUAUGAGCCUACCUGGUAAUGAUCUAAUUCCACAAUAGUGUCAGUAAGUACAGUGCAGUAUGCUGAAGCGAUUUUCUUGGAAAAUGCUAAAAGAUAUCUGACUAAUGGAAGAGACAACAUAGUCUUAAGAAAUAUAUAAAGAAUGCCACACCAUCCUGCAGGUUACAAUAACACUGAAAGAAAUACUUGAUUUACCUUAUACCUAGGCUUCCAGUGUGUCAUUUCAUGUCUGGUCAGGUGAAUCAAAUUAAUAAUAUAAUAAAUGCAUACAUUUGUCCAGGAAUAUGUACUAAACAGUUCAAAAAAUAAAAUUUAUGUUUUCAAA